GCUGUGCAAAAAAAGAGGAGUGGCAAUUCAGCACCACACAAAAGGAUUCCUUUUCCUGAAGUUUCCCAAGAUGCCUUGGACAAAGCCAUGCAUUCCUACUGCAGAGCUAUGGGGAUCAAAGAGGCUUUCAACAUGUACCAGUACAAGAACCUCCAGGCCCAGCAGUCAGAGAGCCCUCAAAGCAUAGCCCAGCUUGCAAGGCUUCUGGAGGCGCUCCUGGGUGUGAGCAGCAGUGCCAAGAUCAAGUACAAGGCAUUGAAGCAAUCCUUUGUUGUUCUCCUGCAAACCUGGGGGGUGCAGCUUCUCAAAGCCCACUGGGAGAUGGAUGACAGCAUGCUUGCUGGCAGAGCUGCUGACUCAGUGGGUGUGCUCUUGAAGCACUGGAGAAGAUGCUCAUCCAGUGAAGUUGCUUGGGGCAAGUUGGUUGGGAAGCUGGAUGAGUCUGAGGCAGCUGCUCUGGAGAGGCUGAGAAAAAAGACAACCUGGGAUGGCAAGCAGGAGCCCAAAAAAAGGCAGCUCAAACUCCACAACUCUGAGGUCAGCCAGGACAGCCAUGGAUGGCCAAAAAUGGUGGCCCAGCCUGUGCCCAGUGAAGCAGAAGACUCAGGUGAUGAGGAAAUGGAAUCUGAAAGCCAAUCAGGAAGUGGCAGCAGCUGCAAGCUUUCAGGUCUGGAUGAGAGCUCCCCUCCUUGUUUGAAGAAGGACUGGAGGGCAAAUGCCAUGAAAAGGCCAGCUGCUGAGUCUGAGAGCAUCAUGAAGAAGCCUUCUUCAAGCUCUUCCAAGUCUGAGGAAGUGAAGGCCAAGCCUCCUUUGGGCCCUGGGAAAGGGCCAACCUCGGGCACUGAGAAAGUGCUCAUUGACCAAGGCAGUAUCAGCACUGGUGGUGGCAAGAACCAAAGCUACUUGCAACAUCAGCCUGGGCCUGGGAAGAACAAGAGACUCAUAGCUGCUGUGACCUUGAGCCAAGCCAGCAGAACAACAAAGACCCACCAACAACUGGUUCAGCUGUUGCUUCCAAGUGCCAAAAAGCCAAAGGCAACCAAGGCUGAUGUGCUGGCAGAAAGAGAGAAGCUCUUUGCAAAGUUUGCCUUGCAAAAGGGCUUCUGGGCACCUGUGAAAGGGCUCCAAAACAUGGAGGCCCCCAGCUCCUCAGAUGGGAGCAAGGCCAGGAGAAACAGAACUCCAGUGCCCAAGCCCCUCUGGGCAGACAUGGUGGACCCCAGCAGGGAGAAGAAGCAAGUGGAGAAGGAAAAGGAGAAGAAUGCCAAAGAAGAGCCCAUGGAGGAGGAGUGGUGGGAAAAGGACUGGAAAGAUUCCAGGAAGACUUGGAAUGACUGGUGGCAAGAGAAAGAGGAUGAGUGGAGUGACUGGAAAACAUGGGAGAAGGAGGAGGAGGAAGCAGCUGCUGCCAAAGCAAGAGAAGAUCAGAAGCAGCCUGCAAAAACCAAGAAGGAAGAGCCAGAGGAGGAGAGAAAUGUCCUGAGGGGCCCUGAGGCGAGGUGGAAAAACAGAACUGGGUCUUCAAAGCAGAAGUCCAAACUCAGGUGGGCUGAGAACAAGGCACUGGAAGAAGGAGAAGACCCAGAGAUGGUGAAGCUGGGUGCUAUGGGGGCCUCCAGGAUGAAGAGGCUGGUCAGCAGGCAGGAGGACAGAAUGUCCCACAAGGAGACUGUGGCAGCUGCAGAGAGGGCAGCAAAGGAUGCAGCUCAGGCAGCACAGUCUGCCAAGGACACUGCCCAGCUGUGGGCCUGGCAGAGCUGGCAGUGGCAGCAGGCCUACUGGGGCCAAGGACAGAUGGAGCAGGCCUAUGGGACCACCUGGCCCAAUGCCCAGGCCAGCACCUGGCAGCCUACUGCUCAGGCCAGCAAUGCCCAGGCCAGCACCUGGCAGAGUCCCUGCCAACCCACAGCCCAUGGGGCCUAUAUGCAGUACACCCCCAUGUGGACAGCAGCCCACAGCCCACAGCCCAGAGCGCACAGUGACUUCCUGGACUCCAAGGUGGCUGGAAGCAAAGCAGCUGGCACCAAUGCAGCUGGAGGAGGAGAGCCAAGAGCCAAAACAAACACCAACCCUUACAAGUAG